CACUUCUUAAAUUCAAGCUCUUAGGGUUACUUCUUUUCUGUGAAUUGAGAAUCUGGAGCCUUAAAUUGACUCGAAGAAAGUCUAUCCAUUGCCAUCUUUGACCUGUGGUCUAUGGGAAGACUCUCACGGAAAUGUGGAAGAACCAAUUUCUUGAUGUCUUAAGAUUGAUGUCACGGGCCAAAUGUUGCAACGACUACAGCUUGAACAUCAACUACAGUUCAUUCCAUGCGUCGCUGUUUUGCGGUCCGGAACAGUCGGAGAAAACGUGACAUCGGCUGUCGGGGAAAAGCAACAUUGCAACAUGUAACACAUUGUGGAGUGAUCGAAGUCAGAUGUGCAUGUGGAAAAGCGCCAAUCAGAGUGCUGAAGACGUUGGCCAAUGACCAUCCGACUGGAACUAUGGAGCCAUGUAGCGACAUCGGAAUAAAACAUGUUGACAUUUUCAACCUCCCAUCGAACUCGAGGAAACGCCCAAAGUGCAGAACAUGCACACUGCUACGUUCCAGACGAACCGUAGUAGCCCUCUGUACACAAGUGGAGCCGUUCAAUUAUCAAGGACUUCGAUAAAGUUACCAGCAGCGCUCCAUCUGCUCCAAUAAUGAAACUAGGCCUGCUGAAUACAGUAAUGGGAUGUAAUAUCCAAAAUUGAGGCAGCUGCAGUAAUAGCAUGAUGGGAUUCUUAGCUCAGUG